UUCACGCUUGAUUUGAUACUUUAAUUACCAAAAUAUAUUCUACAUAGUUUGAUAUUUACACCUAUGCGUAGGAACUAUUUUGUUUUAAAUAUGUACUACUUUCCACUAUGUUUAUUUUGGCCUGUCCCGAUUAGGUGGCGUUAAAUCUUACAAAGUCUACCGAAUUAAACUUGAAGUCAGAGAUAACCCGUCUAGUAACCAGUGAUCACGGUGCCAAUGAUACAGUGACGUUGUAUCCAUACCAGAAUACAACAGAGAUAAUACUAAGCAGCAAUGAAACAACAGUACAUGUAGAUCCGACUGACAUGUCUGAGAAAAACGAAAUGUGGUUCCAGGUUUCCAUUGCCUUAUUUGUGGUUGUAGGAGUCUUUCUUAUAAUGUUUAUAUUUUGCUUCAUCAGACAAAGGCGAAUAUUGAGAAAAGCUUUGUCUCGUACAUUAAAUAGACACAUAAGUGGACGGACUUCGUUAAGUCAUAAAUAUAGUAUUAAUUCGGGAUUCGAGGCAAGUGACGAUAAAGUUACCAUAGCAAAAACAGAAGACGUUACUGCCCAGUCACAAGAAAAUGUCAUAACAAGGCGAAAUGAUUCAAACUGUGAAUCAGGAUUCGAAUCAUUUCCUGGGUCAAUCAUGGAUCGAAGGAGAGACAAUGUCUAUGAAUCUGGUAUAGGAUCAAUGGAAGGUUCCAUAAAGGAAUACAAAGGCAAAAUAGAAGAAGAGUAUACAACAGUUAGUGAAAGACAUGCCAUAUUUCACACAAGACAUAGGCGAAUAAGCGAAGAGGACUCGUACAAGGAGGAAUCAGAAAUUCAGAGAACAACUCAAUCCCUUGAUUUUAAAGACGUUUUGAAAAAUAUAGAAGCUUACGCAGCCGGGAUAAGUACAAUUACAAAUGACGCUGAAAAGAACGCCGACAGUUUUAUCGAGGAUGAUUAUGAAAACGUUUUGGACGUAACAGAAAAAGAAGCCAAAACGAUUAUUAUUGAUACUGAGGAAAUAUCAGCUCGAAAUUUGGAAAACCCUACUUAUGGUAUAAUAGAAGAGUAUGAUAGAGAAAUAAGUGAUACCGUAGAAGCAAUAGAAAGUGACGAUUCUGAAGUUGAAGAAAAUGCAUGCGCAGGUAGUAAUCAUCACAUGUACCAAAACUAUGGUCAUCUAAGGAAAGAUUAUCUCAGUGAAUUAAAAUGUAAUUCUGCAGCUAAUUCGCUAAAUUUCUUGAAUUUGAACUGGGAUUACAAAUGUGACAUAGACAUAAAUGGGGGUUUAGUUAAAGCUCCUAAUUCAGAUAUCAGUUUGUGUUUACCGGCAAAUUUUAUUUCAACACCAGCAACAACUAUCUUCUGGUCAAUAUUCGCACAGGAUUAUGAGGUGAAAUCAAAGACGAAUUUAGAGUCAUGUAUUGUGUCGCCUGUAGUGGAAUAUUAUACACCAUAUAAAGAAAAAUUUGACGAAUAUGUGGUGAUUGAAUUGCCACAUUGUAUAUCAGAACAUGAAGACGCUAUGGUGCAACCUUAUUGGUUCCACCCAAAUGCUCAACCAACUGAAGGUAAAAUCAACGUCCAUCAAAUUCCACAUGUAAAUGAAGAUGACUUACAUUCAAAUGCAUUACCCGAAGUGUUUUUCAUUAAAACACGUCCAGGUUUUGUGACUAUAUAUACAAUACACUUUUCUGUUUACUUUUGUGCGUGUUCCCAAAAUUUCCCAUUAGAACUAUAUGCUGUGACAUUUGGAAAAUAUGUUCCCAUUGACCAUAACCAGGUGAACAUCAAAAUCAAAGUUCACAUUGCAGAUGCAAAAAUUACUUUGAAGGACUGUUUAGAGGCAUUGAAACAAGAUGAACAAGUAUUGGGUUACAGUUACAAAGGUAAGACAGAAAUAGAUGUAGCAGACGAUAUCGCGGGAUCAGACUCCAUAGAAAUAAAAGUGGAUUUCGAAGAUGUUCCUAGAAAUAUGAAUCCCAUAUGGAAACAUUCUGUAGACAAGGAAGGAUUCCCUAUUCAUCCAGCUUCAAAGAGUUGGAAUCUUUCUAAUCGGUUCAAAUGUGGUCAUCACAAAUUCAUACAGACAACAAAGGAAUGGCAAUUCAAAAAUGAAAGUCCUCCAAGGUUUAGAACUGUAUUCCAAUGCUUCAUCGAAAUAUUAUACAAAAAAUACAUUGAAGAAAGCAUCAAACAGAAAGCAUUAGAAGAAUCUGACACAGACGAGGGAGCGACAUCAGAUUAUGAAGCUAUGGAACAUAUUGAUUUAGAAAAAGCUAAACGUCUGUCAAGCCACAGAACUGUACCUAAGUCAGAAAACGGUAUUAGUCACACAAGUCAUCAAUGUGUUAGCAUUAGAACACGAAUGACAGUCGACAUCGACCUCUCAGACACAGUUAUUGAAAACCACUAUCCAGAAAGCAUAGAUGAGUUGCAAUGCUUGCCAUCCAGGCGAGGUAUAUUACCUAGUAUAAUAUAUGAAAUAGUCGAUGGCUUAGAGGAUGACAAAUUUAACGAAAUGUGCCGACGACUUGGUGCCGACAGAGAAUUAAGAUCUCUCAUGAGAUCCAGCGAUAAUAUGACCAGGGGAAAGAAAUAUGAUUUAUUAGACGGCAUCAGGGACGAUAUGUCUGAUGGAAAAUUUUGUAGAGAAAUACUCACAGUCUUAAUGAUAAUGAAAGAAAAUAAGCUAAGACAAGCUAUAUCCGAACAUAUACAGAAAGCUACUCAUACCGGUGAACGUUCAGUUGCCAGUAUAGAACCACAGACUGCCAAUUUCCAGAGACUUAUUCCUGUCCAGAAUGAAGACAGAGAAACGUUACACCAGAGUUUAAAUUACAAUGAUGAAACAUUUAAAAAGGUCGUAGAAUGAAAAAGUUCCAAAUUAAGAAAUAUGAAAUAUUGAACCUAUAAAAUUGAUCGACAAGUAUUAAAGUGAAAGCGAUUGUAUAUUCGAUACACGUGAAACACUCAACUUAACGUAAAUGGACAAUAGAUUGCAAUAUGUGUCCAAUCUCUACCUACCUAAGUCUAAGUGUUUCCAAACGCAGGAGAUCAGUUUUCUCUUCUAUGUUUGGCUCUAUUUCAUCUUCACUAAUUUCACGUGUGCUACUUCCGUUGGUAUAUGUGUAGUUAGUGGUAAAAUCAUAUAUCAUUGGGUGGUCUUUCCAGUGCAUGAUUAGACGACAUUCAAAGGUCUUUACAUUCUUUGCAGUCACUACGGUAUCUGGUAGGCUGUCUCACACUUCCACUUCUCGGUUCGUGAAGUAGUAUUUCCUAAAGUCUAGUCUGCUUCUGUUUUUAACCAAUAUCAUCGAGUUUCCUCUUGUUGCCGAGUUUUUGUUUCGCAUAAAUAAGCCUUCUGUUUCUCUUUGGUCAUAUACUCCUGUUGUUAUCUUGUAGGUCUCUCUGUCAUGUCGCCUCUUAACCUUCAUAAUUUUAAUGUAGGAAUUUUCAGGUUUUUUAUUCGUUCUUCGUUCACACGAAAUUUUGGAGAGAUUCAACAUCCACUAUUAUAGGUUGUUUAUAUUUAACAGAGUACGGGGUGUGAACAUUACCCUUCGGUUUACAAAAAAGGUAUUUGUGACGCAUUUUAUUCAACAUUUCAUGUAUAUUCUAAGAACAAUACAGGUGUUUAACGUCUAUGAAACAUAAACUCAAAACAAAAACCUAGAAAUGAAUGAAUAUGAAGAAAAAAUUCUAGAAGUCGCCGUUUUAAGUUAAACAUUUAUCUACGGGAAAGCUCUUGCGCAAGUGUCCGGGGUAGUUUCCGCUAUAUAUAGCAUGUUAUUAAUGGAACAGUGAAAUUCAAUAAAAAUCAAUUGAAAUAUUUACAUAAAUUAUGUGAACCACAGAGCAAAAUUACUUAAAUGAAGAGAUCUGAUUUUGCUUGUCGUUUCUCCGCCUACCAAAUUUGAGCAUGCAUUCAAAAUGUAAAUUGUUAUUUUCGCUUUUCCCUUUAGCCUGUAAUAUAGUAAAAAAGGGGGGACGGAUUUCCAAAUGCCCGCUCGGAUCUAUGCCAAUAAACUCCUCUUAGACACAAGGCUUAAAAUCUUACCUUAGUGCAACAAAAUAGGCCCAACCGAAGACAAAGAUUUUCAAACAACAACGCACCAUGAAGAACAAUUGAUUUUGUGUAAGACUAUCAAAAUAGAGUGCACGAAAAUCUGACUUAAAAAAUGAUUACUUCUUAAACAACAUUAUUCUAAAAGUUCACAAUAUGAAUCUGAAAAUAAAUAAAUUAAUCCAAUUCUUAUGCCCGCAAUAUAUCGGGUGCAUUUUGGUAAUGAAUAUGAUAUGAACGUAUGUGCGACGUGACAAGUGUUGUUCAAAUUGGGUAGCUAUAGGUAAAAUGCAUAACACAUCUGUGCCAAUUAAGACCAACAGAACCUAAAUAAAAGAGCUGUAUCAGUCUAAUGUCUUCGACAAAGAAAAGGGUUAAAUAAAGGCUUUGUUUAUAUUGUUCAUAUUUUCAACAUUGAUUGUAUUUUAGAAUGACUGUACUUGAAGUAAAAAUAAUGACCACUGAUGAAGUGUAAUUUGAAUAAGUUUAUUGUUCAAUCAGCUGUACAUACUAUAUAUCCAAUUUUGCUAUUGUUAUUUACAUUUUACACUAUAUUUGUUAUGAAGGAAAUUAUUUUUAAAAUAAAUAAUACACAAAAUUC